AUGGCUAAAAAGUGUAGAAAGAAACAGGUUAAAAAGAAGAACUUGCUCUUUGGUGAUGGUAAUAACGAUAGUGAUAGUGAUGGUAAUGAUGAUUUCAAUCAGUAUAUAAAGGAAAAAAGUGCUAAAUCUAAAAAGUUAAGCACAGAUGCUUCUGUCGAAUCUCAGGUUGAUUUUUCCAAGGAUAUCAUAGUACCUUCAUCAACUCAUGCAACGAAAUCUAGUUAUAUCAAUGAACUAUUGGAAUCCAAGAGACAGAGAGAUGAAGAUAAGUUAUACAUGAAAUCAAAAAAAUUGAAAUUAGAAAGAGAAUUGACCAAAGAAGAUUCUACUAAUGAUGCAACAGAAGAAGAAUUUAUCACUGAAUCCUAUAAACAUCAAAAGCAAUUAUACGAAGAUAUUGAAAAGUCUGGUGAUAAGCAACAAAAGUUAGAUGAUUUGGACCUUGCAAGUACAAAUAAUUUACAAACAGGGAAAGGUGUGGCAUUAAAAAUGUUACUUGCUAGAGAGAAAGAGACAUCUACAUUGUUGAAAAAUUCAAUUCCUAAUGAAUCCUCAAAUGAACUAGAUAUUGCAAAUUAUAAUCAUACUAAAAUAAUUAUCAAGAAUGAUCGGUAUGAGAACCCCAAUAAAACUCAACUACAACUACAACUACCAAUUGGUGAAUCAAAAAAGGAGAACAACAUAGAAAUUCUUGAUCCAAUCCUGAAACGGAAGUUGGUUGAACAAUUCUUAACAUCUAAACUGACUACAACAGAGUCAUUAGAAAUAUUUAAAGACGUCACCCAAACCCAUAGUUGA